GAAGGGGCUGGAAGAAUCUGUAAGGGGUAUAAAAUCUGUUGUUCACAGCCUUCAGUAAAUAGAAUCAACAAAAAAGAGAACCAGCUAAACAACUUGAAGGGACAUCUACAACCUGAGAUCACCAUGCUUUGUACGCCCUUCUCAAGGAUGUCCAGUGUUAGCCCUCUCAGCCUCCUGUUGCAGCCUCUGUGGCCAGCAUCCAGAGACCUCUUUUCUGUGGUGGAACAGGAGAUGACCAGGACAGUAGCAGCAAUAAAAGAGAGGAUGCAACAGCUUGACCAGUUUCACCAGCAGCUCAUGCAGGAGAUAACACUUCAACAGGACAAGACCCUCCCUGUGCAAGGCUCUUGUGAGACAUCAAAAGAUGGAGGCUUCAUGCUGUGUCUGGGAGUUGGGGAUUUCUCACCCCAAGAGCUGACAGUCAAAAUCCUGGGGAGAAAGCUAUUGGUGACUGGGGCAAAAGAAUCAAAGACAGAUGAUGGCAGAGGCUCUUUCUCAUACAAGUGUCAAAUCUUGAGAAAGGAGUCCGAUCUUCCCCAGGAUAUUAACGUGGAUGAGCUGAGCUGCACUGUGUCUGCUGAUGGACAGCUACGUAUAGAAGCCCCACGAGUGGCUCCCCCUGCUGGUCAGGAAAGGACAGUCCCUAUCCAGCUUUCAGGAACAAAUAAGAGCAUACAGAGCACUGAGACUACAGAUAGUGCCAAGGAGACAGAGAACAGCAAAGACUCAAAAGCAUAACAAGUACCUGUCAUAAUGAAACAUGUAGCCCUAAAUAAAAACAUAUUUCUGAAUAAAACGUUUUGUAUCUGUAGACAUUGUUGUCUUUUAAAUGUUUAUUAAAAUCAUAUUUUACCUUGUCCAUUAUAUUGUAUUGGUCAAUUAAAUUGUGGUAAGCUCUAACAUAUUGGAGCACUUUAUUAUUGCACUAUUGUUUGCAUAUAAUAACUAUGUUUUAUACACAAUUAAAGCUACGGUCAGCUCCAGAGCAGCAAUGCACUACUGGAAGCUAACUGAACAUAUCUUAUUAGCCAAUGACAAGAGACAAAUAUGUGCAGCCGCCAAUCACCAGCUAGCUUCAACUACUGAAUUGUUGCUGCUGAGGAUAUCUGCAUAUGCUUUCAAAAAUAAAUACCAGGAUAACUAAGUAAUUUUGAUAAUAGAAGUGAAUUUAAAUGUGUUUUAAAACUGCAUGCACUAUCUGAAUCAUGAAAAUGUAAUUCUGACUUUCAUGUUCAUUUAAAUUACUGUACAUAAAGUUAUAGUAAGGUCUUAGGGCAUUAUAAUUUUAUUACACAACUUAUCUAUAGUAUAUUUGUAUUGUAAAAACACAGCAAGAAAUAAAAAAAUUGAAUAAAAUCAC